UUUUAUUCAAAUAAACCAACCAAAAAAAGUUAAUAUCAAGCUAUGGAAUGCAAAUUACGAAUAUAGAAUGCAUCCUAACAGAAGGUGACAGAUUAAAAAUGGUUUCUUGGGUUCUUUUUAAAUUUUUAAUUUAUUUUGCUGAUAAUCAGUCAUCUUCACAAGAAAUUAAAAGUGCCAGCAAAGUCCAGUAGGGGGUUACCUUGCACCUCUCCAAUGCUUCCCUUUUACUGUUUCUCUAAUUCUAAAAAGGCUUUUCUCAAUACCUACCACUGAUAACUCCAUCCUUCCUUCUUUAUCCUGUUCAUUUUUCUACAACUGUUACCCUACAAAAUUGUCACCAUUUAUAUUGUCAUUCUUUCAUUAAUUUUUUCUUCUUCCUGCCCCCAUUCUAUGUAUUUGUACUACCUCUGCAAAUACAGUCCAUUUGUUGUUGUCAUCUGGUUAAGAGAUUUUCAGGAGAAAGCAAAGCAGUUGGUGGAGUUGGAAAGCUAAAUCUCAGCUUAGCAUUUGUUGAUGCUGGUGCAUUACCUUAAAAAAGAAUGAGUAUUUAAUUAACAUGUCAGAUGGGUUCUAAGAAUUUGUGCUGAUAUUGAUAUUUGACUUCUGAACUUGCUUAGUCUGAGAUCUGGGAUUUUGUAGCAUGCUUUACUUAGUUGAAAAAGGUAGCAUUUUGAUGGGGUUUCUGAGAUCUGUUCUCUGAAGGCUAAUUUGAAGUCCCAUUUCAUAGAAGGUAUGUCAGUAAUAUAAUUCUUGUAAAAACUUUGCUGUAUAUGAUGAUGGCAUUGCUCUAAUUUUUCCAAUUUUAUGGUUUUUUUUUUUUCCCGAGUUUAUAUGGUUGUAAUGUAAUAGUUUGUCAUGCUCAUUGUGUGAGUACUUAAUCAGGAAAUCCGGGUCAUGUUUAUUAAAAAUUCUAAAUCAUCUAGAAGACAGAAAUUGGCUUGUUAAGUUAAUCCUCUGUCUGAUCUAAUGGUCGAAAAAAGAUACCGUCUUUAGUUUUCAAUUCUUCCAUUACCUGUUGUAUUCUUAAGCUUUGCCAGUAGUUACAUUUUUCAGUUGUGUAGAUAAUAUGCCAUUUGUUCUGUAAUGAGAUAUAUGUUUGAUGGUAGCUAUAUAAGGAACUGGAAGAGGAUAUUCAAAGAACUGUCAUGCCUAACAUUGUUGAAUUCUAUCCACUAGGAACACGAACUAACGUUAAGCAUUUCGGCCUUGGAAGUUGAUGUUUUUGGUGCUAAUUUGUAGAUUUCUGCUUCAAACAUGGCCUCCGAUUUAAACGCACAAUUGUCGAAAAGCACUUCAGUGUUGGGAUUGAAGGUCUGGGAACUGAUUGGAAUCCUUGUUGGGGCAAUUAUUGUGGCCAUUCUACUUGCACUGACAUAUUAUCUUUCUUCAAGAAAGAAGUCUAAAAGAGCUCAGGAACGCAUUCCCAUUAGUCAAAUACCUGCAGUUUCAAAGGAGAUUAAAGAAGUGCGAGUGGAGCAAGUAUCAGCUAAUGAUUUUACUCCAAGAGAAGGAAUUCUUCUUACCAUCCAUGACAAAUCCAGUGAUAAGGAAUCUGACAAGGUUUUGGUCCAUCUGGGAAUGGGGAAAAUCAAGAAUGGAGAUCAUGGCAGUCAAUCUGAUUCUUUUCAUCAUAUUGAUAGAGAUGGUUGCGGAUCACAAUCAGGAGAGGAAGGGAGCUCAGGAAACUUUGGUACUUGCAAAUCUUCGCAUCCGAUAACAGCCCCUUCUCCUCUUACUGGCCUUCCAGAAUUUUCUCAUUUAGGUUGGGGCCAUUGGUUCACUUUGAGGGAUCUUGAGCUUGCAACGAAUAGGUUUUCAAAGGAUAAUGUCCUUGGUGAGGGUGGAUAUGGUGUUGUUUACCAGGGAAAGUUAAUUAAUGGUACAUCUGUGGCGGUCAAGAAGCUCCUCAACAAUCUUGGUCAAGCUGAGAAAGAGUUUAGAGUGGAAGUUGAAGCCAUUGGACAUGUGCGGCACAAAAAUUUGGUACGACUUCUGGGAUAUUGCAUUGAGGGAACUCAUAGGAUGUUAGUCUAUGAGUAUGUUGGCAAUGGUAAUUUAGAACAAUGGCUUCAUGGAGCAAUGUCCCAUCAUGGAUAUCUUACAUGGGAGGCCAGAAUGAAGGUUCUGCUUGGCACAGCUAAGGCUCUUGCGUACUUGCACGAGGCAAUUGAGCCAAAAGUUGUUCAUAGAGACAUAAAGUCAAGCAAUAUUCUUAUAGACGAUGAUUUCAACGCUAAGGUCUCUGAUUUUGGUCUAGCAAAGCUGCUUGGUGCUGGGAAAAGCCACAUCACAACUCGUGUUAUGGGUACAUUCGGAUAUGUGGCUCCUGAGUACGCAAACACUGGCCUUUUAAAUGAAAAGAGUGAUGUUUACAGCUUUGGCGUUGUGCUUUUAGAAGCAAUUACUGGAAGAGAUCCUGUAGACUAUGCUAGGCCUGCACAAGAGGUAAAUCUUGUUGAUUGGUUGAAAAUGAUGGUGGGAAGCCGGCGCUCCGAGGAAGUGGUUGAUCCAAACAUCGAAUCAAGACCAUCUACCAGAGCCCUAAAGCGUGCUCUAUUGACUGCCUUGCGAUGUGUUGAUCCAGAUUCUGACAAGAGACCAAGGAUGAGUCAAGUUGUUCGUAUGCUUGAAUCAGAAGAAUAUCCAAUACCAAGAGAGGAUCGACGACACAGGAGAACUCAAGCUGGUAGUAUGGAUGUUGAAGCUCAGAGGGAAAACUACGACACAGAUAGAAGCGACAAUCCAGAACUGAAGUCGGAGAGCAAAAGAAACUACAGAACAUAAUCAACAACCUGGAACAUAUGCACAUAAUAUAUUGCUUGCAAAACCCAGAACCUUGAUAAUUCAUAGCCUGCUAUAUAAAUGACCUUCAACUAUUGGGAUUUUAGGGGGUAUAGACAUGUUAGGCCAAAUGAACUCCCUUUUUUCCCGCCUUGCGGUGGUUCAUUCUCAUAUUCAUUUUCUGAUUUUCCUUUGUUCCUGUAGUUGUGGAAGUCUUUCCGUUUCCUUGUAUGAAUCAUUGCGAUUUGUUUGUAUGAAAGUAGAUUAAGAGAAUUUAUUUGUGUAUGGAAGUGGCGUGCUGAAAGUUGGAACAGAUGAAAAAGAGGCUUAUGUACAUACAGAUACAGGACAUUCUUUCAGCUUCUUGAAAAAUUUGGUUCCAUUGAUGAGAUGCUUAUUGUUUUAGGUGAUUUUCAUGUCUCACACAAUUUUGUCUUCUGUGUCUUUAUAACUUUUGGUAAUCAGUAUCACAGUGGCUGUUGACGCCUGGACUUAUUAAUCUUACGAUCCAGUACUCGGUGUAUAACUCCGAUCUUAGUUGUAAUGUAAAAAAGGUCCCAAUGAAAUUUCU